UGUAAAUUCUGCGUUACAAAAGGACAACACGGUUGGUUGUAUAACUAGUCAUAAUUAUGUAUCAGUGGUUAUUUACAAGGUCAGGUUCUUGGCUUUAGUUGUAUUUUAAGCAACGUUGCUGCCAGCGCCCGCACUUACUGCUAAAAUUGUCUUUAAUUAAUACCGGUUAUGGGUUGGUUAAUUUUUGAGAAAUUCUGUUAUGUGCCAUGCUAUAUUGCUUGUAUUAAUGUGCUGAAUCCUUCAAUAAAGUCUUUUUCAAUUUAUUUUCACACAUAUAUAUUGGUGUGUAGGUGUUCCUGUGACGUGCAUUAAAAAACGUAGCACCUUCUGGCAAUAAAUUGGAAUAUCAUUUCUCUUCUAAACUGUGGUUGCAGUGGUUUCAUAAAUCUCUCCCACCGCUGAAAAUGCAUUUUAGAUCUCAACUGCUCCCAAGAAUAUUAUAUUUGGAUAGGAGUCAGUACUCCGACAUACAUGUUAUUAACUGUAUGCAGAUGAUUUGCCAGCACAUAUCUUUCAUUUUGGAUGUAAAUAGUGACAAUAUGUAUCGUUGUAGUACGAAUGCCGGCAAAGUCAAACUUUAAUAGCCAUCUCAUUAAACGACUCGUAAUUAGAAAUACAACUGAUGUAACGAAGUCAUAUUAUUCCUUGUCCUCUGGAUUCACAUGAGUUCUAUGAAAAUCGAAUGUUUGAUGACUGUUUGAAUGACGGGUUAAUUGUGGUUAUGCAUGUAUAUGCAAGGGAAUCUUGGUAGGAUGACUGGCCAUUCGGGAAGAUGUUGAUUUCGUGCUAGGUUAAAGACCAGAGUCACAAAUUCUAAGGAGUUUCAAAGUACCGUAAUCUACACUCAUCUCUGUAAUAAUUUUGCGACAUUUAAUGCAACUUAAUUGUAAUUAGUUAACUUAUCGCAGGUGGCUGCCAUAGUUUAAAGUCGGCCCGAAUACGACUGCUAUUGUGUUCAGUUGAACGUAAUAUAAGUAAAAAUCCAUCCUCUUGAAUUCCUUAUCUAACCCAGGUUUGUGAAAUGCAUAAUUAGAUAAUCGUAUCAAAUAUGUUGCAUCAUAAGACUGAUUAUAUGACAGUUAAGAUCCUAUGUUCACCAAUUUUGAACAUCAGGCAUUAUUAAAGAAAUGCAUGUAUUUUGCAAAAUGAUGGUGCAAACUGUCCAUACUGGUUACAGAUCAUUGUUAUCUAAGUUAAUUACCCGUUUAAGUAGCCUAUACAGCAAAAAAAUCAUCUACCUCAGAUGAGCAAUUUUUCUGGGAAUCUUCAUCCUACAAAUGCCAUCUCAUUCUCUUAGAUUAGUAUAAAAUUUCAGAAUAAGCUGUCUCAUGAUUCAAGAACAGCCUUGUCAACGAAAAUUCAAAUAUCUUUUACUAUAUUACUCAACAAUUUUGAAAAUUACUAUCGUGUAACAAACCUUUUUAUAAACUUAUGUUGCCUAACCGAUCUUUAGAAAUGGACAUGCGUACUAUAUUUUAUUAGGUGUGAUUCCGUUUACUUAUCAAUUGGUUGCCUGGAACAGAUAUUUCAUAUAUCCACCUUUUAGUCACAUUAUUUCAGGAGUGGUGGUACUGUUAAGGUGUCUUGGCUGUAGCAGGCGGAGUGGGAUUGGAAUGCAAGUCCUGUUGGCUGAUAGUCAAGUAAUUAACUAGGGUACUUUGAAGAACUGAUACAACUGACUGGAAUUGUCUCCUUUGUUAUGUAUGUUUUCGGUUAUCCGACGUAAGCAGACAGUAAGCCAUCAGAUAGGAAAAUUGUCCGUGGCAACCCGGCAGAAUCUUAUAUUUGGGUCAUACGUAAACCUCAAAGCUAAAGAUUAGAAAAUCCACUAAGUUAUGACUUCAAAUCUUACUCUGGAUAAUGAGAUCGGUAAACAUGUUUCUAGGGUUAUUUUCAAGUGUUGGUUAGUAAAAAUUUGACUGAUUACAAGAUAAGACUAAGCUGACAUCAGAACCAUUGGACGAUUGGGACAGUUCUUUUGGUCUGGUUUUCGACUCCUUAGUAUGAUGUACCACCAUCCCACCAAGGAUCAAACCAAGCACUGAAACACCACUGUCCCAGUGGUGCUAAUGUACUCUUUAAGGUAUUUUAUAAAGUGUGAGUCAUGAGUUAGUUGCGUGUGUUGUACCAUGGUUUAUAUAACUGCUGUUACGCUUCCAGGACACAGUCCACACACUUGUAAUAAAGGAUCUACGUUGAAUGUGUAACUUGCUGCUUAAUCUACAAGGCCAUGUUAAAAUGUCUGCUUCGUCCUUAUGAAAUCUUACAGUUGCUUAAAAUUCAUUUCGAAUUCUGGUUCUCCUACUGGCCUUUUAAUUCAUGUCAGUAGUAAAGCAAGGUUUUUUAUAGUCUACGCACAUAUCAAGCAAAUAUGUUGUAUCCGUGGAUAAGGGGAUCAAGUUUCCAAUAACUAAUUUAACUGCAAUAAACCUCACCCUCGCAUUGUGGUUUUCUGCAAUUCCUGAUAGAAUUCAGAUGACCAGUUAUUAGUUGUUUUGAAGCAGUGAAAGCCAGUAAUCAGAAAGAAUCACAAGAGGAGUAAAGUGUAGUCACUUCACAUGUUUACUUAAUGUUACUGACCAUUUAAAUCUCCUUAUGCUCUGGUACAAUUGCGAAUAAAAUAGAUGUAAGGUUUGCUCCAAGUUUGCAUCAAAAUAUUUUGAUAAACUCAGAUUUCUCAGUACAAUGUAAGUAUCUUUUACCACUUAUUUUCAUGAUGCCUAGAAUUCGUAUAUUUGAUGAAAUAAUCAUAAAAAGCUUUCACUUUUGUUCCUUUUAGUAUAGUCAUUAAUUAUGGGGAAAUCCUCCCGCGAUAAGCGUGAUGUCUACUACAGGCUAGCCAAAGAGGAAGGUUGGAGAGCUCGUAGUGCAUAUAAACUUUUGCAAAUUGAUCAGGAGUACAAUAUUUUGAUGACUUGUGAUCAUGUCCAUGUGGAACGAGUGGUCGAUUUAUGUGCCGCACCUGGUAGCUGGUCCCAAGUACUAUCAAAGAUUUUAUGGGAACCAAAAUCUCCAGAAGCUCAGAAAUCUGUGAAAAUUGUAGCUGUCGAUCUGCAGGCAAUGGCGCCAAUACCAGGAGUGGUUCAAAUCCAAGGUGAUAUUACUAGUCAAGAUACUGCCCAACAAAUUAUCAGACACUUUGAUGGCAAAUUAGCUCAGCUUGUUGUUUGUGAUGGUGCUCCAGAUGUGACAGGUUUACACGAUUUAGAUGAAUAUGUUCAGUCACAUCUUAUUUUGGCUGCUAUAACGAUCUGCUCAAGGGUGCUGGAAAUCGGUGGCACUUUUGUAGCUAAAGUUUUUCGUGGACGUGACUCUGGCCUGUUAGCCUCUCAACUUCGAUGUUUAUUUUCGGGUCAAGUCAGUUUUUCUAAACCACGAGCCAGUAGAAAUUCUAGUCUAGAAUCGUUUAUUGUAUGUCGGGGUUUUGUGGGUCCUCGUUUACGGACAGAUUUGAAAUCGUCUCUAUCAACUUCUGAGGAACACUCCGAUAGUGAUAAUUUACUAUUAUUAUGGUAUGAAAAGGAUAACUUUGAAGAUGUUGAUUCGUCUCAACAGUCUCUGUUACCAUUCAUUGCGUGUGGUGAUUUAAGAGGCUUCGAUUCUGAUGUCACGUAUACACUGGACCCAGAACACGUGGUUAAGCCUCCAGUACAAGAUCCUCUAGAUCCUGCGUACUCAGAGAUGGUUACUCAAUCUGAGCAGUCGAUCCAAUCGUCUGAAAACAAGACAGAAUUAGAAAAGUAUCAACCAUCAUCUGGGGAAAUAUUCAAAACCGUUCUUAUCUCUCUGUUCUACUUGGUUGUGACUAUUGCUAUCGGAGUGCCUUUAUGGUGGAAAACAACUACACCAUAUCAUGCCCAUCUACCUUACUCUAAGAUUAGUGAGUUAAGCUCACGACCAAUUGAAAUCACUGUUCCAAUCAGGAUAGUUAACUUUCAUGCUAAACUAAAUGAUGGUGAUAUCAGUGGAAUCAGUGACAUGUUCACUCAAUUCAAUAUGGAACAGUUGGACAAAGUGAAUACAGAUGUUACUGAAAAAUUGUACAUUAAUUAUCGUGUUAAAACAGAACAAGCUGGUCAAUCGGAAAUGGAGGCAUGCACACAUUCCCUUUCAGUGAGUAAUAAUCUUGACGAGUUUUCGUCUCACUUUGAAAAGGAUUUAAGCAAUUACUUAAGCAGUGAUAAUCUUAUCCAACAGGGGAAUACGUCUUCUGUCUAUCAUUUCAUAUUAUUACCUUUGGUCGGUAAUGAUUUUCUGUUCAAUGGGAAGGAGUUUAAUGGCUACUCUAAGGUGCAACCAUUUUCGGUGAUUCGAAGCUCAAUUAACUUGAAUCUAAUCUACGUGUUUAUUCCAUCCACUAUGUUGUUGUCGUCGUGUGAGAAGAAUAAUGCAGAGACGACUAAAUUAGUAGCACUGCAUAUCAAAUAUUUAUUGGAUGGUGUUUUGAUACAAUCAAAUCAUCUGAAAAGACUAGCACGGAAACAUGAUAGUCUUCGAAGUUUUCCGCCAACACAAACGACCGAAAAGAGCUCUAAAAUAAUAAACGAAGCGUUAUCUGUGUCUACUGUGUACGAUGUUACUGUCACGAUACUGACGCUCGGUGAGUCGCAGUUGCCAGCGAAGUCUAAAUCCAAUGAAUUAUCAAUUUGGUUUGACAAGAUGUUAACAAAUCCAAUCCCUUGGUUGAAAGCAAAUGUAGGCUUAGCUUUCAAAUCAUGGUUGCCCUAUAUCAGAGUAGAUUUCUAUUCACAGAGACUGCAUGCAGAUAAUGCUGAACUAUUGAAGAAAAGUCGACUGUCAAAAACCGGGAACUAUACGUUCUACUCUGAAGAUGAUGUAUCAAAUCUGAUUAAUUACUUGGAGUCAUUCCUGGGGCCUCCUCAAACAUCGUAUGCAGCCAAUCGUGAUAUGGUACAUUCUAAUCCAGGACUACAUCUUAUAUUGUUGUUGAACAUUCCAAAAGCAACCACCUCAUAUCAGGCUGACUGUACAUUACCUUUGAGGUUUCAUAUCGAAUCAUCUUCAUCUGUGGAAAUCACCGACUAUGCACUUGUACCUCAAUGGGGUGGUCUACUAUCUAUUGAUGCUGCUGAUUGCCAAUCGAAAAAUGGUGAAGCCAGCUUGAUUGCACAAAAAAUGAUAUACACGAUACGCUCAAUAUUAGGGUUUCCACAAAUCAGAGAAAUGACUUUUGAUCAAGGCACUGACAAUCAAGCCUAUUAUUAUAUUCAGUCUGAUAUGGAUCUGAAUGGUAAAACAACCAAUUGGUUGGAUGACCAAAAGUACGGGAUCUAUACACCCUUAUUUGUUCCAAUCGGCUUCGCUUUAUUUCUAUCCACACUACGAGCGUUCAAAGUCAUAUUCCGUGGCGGGAAAACAUAGGAUGUGUAUUUACUUCUUUAUUUUGU